UCAGUCUGUCAGAUGGAGAUUUUUCAAUGUCAAAAUUUGUUUGACACAUAUCGACAUGAUUGAUUAAAUAAAAACAGUAUCUAACUACCUACCUAGUAACAAGUCAAACAGGGAUCAUUUGGUUUAAUUAAGCAAGUUACAAUUAUAUUCUUAUAUUUUAAAUACUUUUGGUACAUAGUACUCCUGUACUACUACAGUUGUAACAAAAAUGUCAAAAAUAUUUACUCCCAUAAAUCAGAUACGCCUUACAAAUGUUGCUAUAGUAAGGUUAAAGAAAGGUGGAAAAAGAUUUGAAAUAGCCUGCUACAGAAACAAGGUUCUAUCCUGGAGAAAUAAAUUAGAACAAGAUCUCGAUGAAGUUCUUCAAACACACACAGUAUUCACAAAUGUAUCUAAAGGCCAAGUUGCCAAAAAAGAAGAUUUAAUGAAAGUUUUUGGCAAGGAUGACAUGACAGAAAUAUGUAAAGAAAUAUUGGAGAAAGGUGAGCUUCAGGUUUCUGACAAAGAAAGACAUUCUCAAAUAGAGUCUUUAAUGAAAGAUAUUGCUACUACAGUUGCUGACAAAUGUGUUAAUCCUGAGACAAAAAGGCCUUAUCCUGUUUCUAUCAUUGAAAAGGCAAUGAAAGACAUCCACUUUUCUGUCAAUGUAAAUAAAAGUGCCAAACAACAAGCACUUGAUGUCAUUCCUCUGCUGAAAAAAGAAAUUCCCCUUGAAAGAGCACAAAUGAGAGUCAGGAUUCUAUUGACUGGAAAAGAUGCAAGAAAAACAAAAGACAAAGUAAAUAAACUAGCAAUGAGUGUUGAAGAAGAAAACUGGGAUUCAGGAACAGCAAAUAUCAUAUGUUUAAUUGAUCCUGGCAACUUUAGAAGUUUAGAUGAGAUGAUAAGAACAGAGACUAAGGGUUCCGGUCAAUUUGAAUUGUUAAACUUAAAAGAGAUGGUGGAAGGCGAGCAAAUAUUGUAAAAUGUAUUUUCAUGUAUAAUGCACUGUAACUUCAAAUAAGUGGUGCAGAUAAAAGAACAGCUGCAGGGUGGCUUUGAAUUGACAACAUUAUUGUAAAAUAUAUAAGAGAAUGGUACAUAAAAGACAGGGACCAUAGUCCCACUGAACUCCAAUGUCAAAAAAGUCGAUUAAACAUAUUGAAAUAAAUAUUAUAAUAUAAGAAACAGCAGUAUUGUGUGUAUUUUUAGAUUUUUUAUUUUGGUCCUAUUCACAGUGCUUGUUUGUCCUAUUAACAAUGGAAUUUGUUUUUUUUUUUUUAAUAAUUAAAUUGCUUCAACAGUUU